AAAACUCCUUCUAUUGGAGUGCUCCAUACGGUCGAUGAAAAGCAUCCCUUGCUACAAAACAAAAGCACGCCGAGACUCAAUUAUAUAUAAAUAAAUUGAGGGUAAUCAAUUGGUAUAUCCAAAAUCAUCAUCAGGUAAAAAAGAAAUAAUAUCAAGUUGCUCUAAAUGGCCUCCUUUUUUAUUCUAUUGCCUUCUUUUACCAUUCACUUCUUCUCCUUGUUGUUGCUUACAAACUUUACUUCCUACACAUUCUCAUUAUGCAACCAUCAUGACAGCUCUGCCUUGUUACAAUUCAAGAACUCAUUUUUUGUCAACACUUCAUCUACACCUUCCGAUACUUUUUGGUUCUAUAAGUGUUCCUCUUUUUCUUUCAAAACAGAAACUUGGAAAAACAAUACAGAUUGUUGUGAGUGGGAUGGUGUCACGUGUGACACCGUGUCAGAUUAUGUGAUUGGUCUGGACCUUAGUUGCAACAAUCUGAAAGGUGAAUUACAUCCCAAUAGCACUAUCUUCCAGCUUAAACAUCUUCAACAACUCAACUUGGCUUUUAAUCAUUUUUUCCCUUCUUCAUUGCAUGCUGGUAUUGGGGAUUUAGUGAAUCUCACACAUCUAAAUGUGUCAUACUGUUACCUCAGUGGUAAUAUUCCCUCCACAAUCUCUCAUUUGUCAAAAUUAAUAUCACUUGAUCUUAGACGUGACAUGUACCGCAGGGGAUUGAAACUCAAUCCAUUGACAUGGAAGAAACUCAUUCAUAAUGCUACUAAUUUAAGGGAGCUUUAUCUUGAUCAUGUGAAUAUGUCCUCAAUCAAAGAGAGCUCUUUGUCUAUGCUAAAGAAUUUGUCAUCCUCUUUGGUUUCUCUUAGCCUAUCAUAUACUAAAUUGCAAGGAAAUUUGUCUAGUGACGUCCUCUCUUUACCCAACCUUCAAAAACUAGAUUUGUCAUAUAAUUACCUUAUUGGUCAACUUCCAAAGUCCAACUGGAGCAUGCCUCUAAGGUACUUGGACCUCUCUUACACUUCUUUCUCAAGUGAAAUUCCUUAUUCCAUAGCUCAAUUGAAGUCUCUUACUCAUUUAUCCCUUCAAGAAUGCAAUUUAGAUGGGACGAUUCCUCUAUCUUUCUGGAACCUCACCCAACUAACAUAUUUGGAACUUUCCGGUAACAACCUAACAGGCGAGGUUCCAUCAUCAUUUUUUCAUCUAUCUCAGCUUUCUCAUUUAGGUUUAUCAUUUAAUAAACUAGUUGGUCCAAUUCCAAAUGAAAUCAUAAAACAUUCAAAAUUGAGCUAUUUGGAUUUAGGUUCUAACAUGUUAAGUGGAACAAUUCCGCAUUGGUGUUAUAAUUUGCCUUCGUUGUUACUGUUGCGCCUCAGCAACAACCACCUCACAGAUUUCAUUGGUGAGUUCACAACUUAUUCUCUGCAAUAUUUGGGUCUCUCUAAUAACAACCUACAUGGUCAUUUUCCAAAUUCAAUAUUUGAACUCCGGAAUCUUACCAGCUUAGAUUUGUCAUCAACAAACUUGAGUGGUGUUGUGGAUUUUCACCAAUUUUCAAUAUUUAAAUAUCUAUAUUACCUCAAUCUUUCACACAAUAGUUUUCUUUCCAUCAACAUUGAUAGCAAAGUUAAAUCCAUCUCAUCAACUUACCUUGAACAGUUAGAUUUAUCUUUUAGUAAUGCGAAUGGUUUUCCUAAAUUCCUUGUACGACAACCAUAUCUACAAAUAUUAGAUCUAUCCCAUAAUAACAUUCAUGAGAAAAUUCCGACAUGGUUUCAUAACCUCUUAAACUCAUCGGAACACAUUUAUUACAUUGAUCUUAGUUUCAACAAGUUGCAAGGAAAUCUUCCAAUUCCACCCUAUGGCAUUAAUUACUUUUUACUCUCAAAUAACAACUUCAAAGGAGACAUUUCUUCAACAUUCUGCAAUGCAACUUCCCUCAUGAUACUCAACUUGGCUAACAACAACUUAACAGGCAUGAUUCCACAAUGCCUAGGCACAUUUUCUUUUCUUUCUGUAUUGGAUUUGCAUAUGAAUUACCUUUAUGGAAGCAUGCCUAGAAACUUUUCCAAAGAAAAUUCAUUUGAGACUAUAAAGUUGAAUGACAAUCAAUUGGAAGGACCAUUACCACACUCUUUGGCUCAAUGUAGAUUUCUUCAAGUUUUGGAUCUUGGAGACAACAUCAUAGAGGAUGUAUUUCCCAAUUGGCUAGGAAUUCUACCAGAGUUACAAGUACUUAGUUUAAGAUCAAAUAAAUUUUAUGGUACAAUCACAUGUUCUAACACCAAAGAUCCUUUUCCCAAGUUGAGAAUUUUUGAUGUCUCUAACAACAAUUUUAGUGGUCCAUUGCCAACAUCAUGUAUUAAGAACUUUCAAGGAAUGAUGAACGUGAAUGACAGCCAACUUGGUUUGCAAUACAUGGUUACGUCCUAUUACUAUAAAGAUUCUGUGGUGGUCAUAAUGAAAGGUUUUUAUAUGGAGCUCACAAAGAUAUUGAAUAUUUUCACAACUAUUGAUUUAUCAAAUAACAUGUUUGAAGGUGAAAUUCCACAACUCAUUGGAGAUUUAAAAUUUCUCAAAGGCCUUAACCUUUCAAACAAUGGAAUCACAGGUACCAUUCCACAGUCAUUGAGUUAUUUGAGAAAUUUGGAGUGGCUGGACCUCUCAAGGAAUCAGUUGAAGGGUGAGAUCCCUAUGGCUCUCACAAAUAUGAAUUUUCUCUCAUUCUUGAACCUUUCACAAAACCAUCUAGAGGGAAUGAUACCUACGGGUCAACAGUUUGAUACAUUUGGAAAUGAUUCCUAUGAAGGAAAUACAAUGUUAUGUGGAUUACCAUUGUCCAAAUCAUGCAAAAAAGAUAAAAAUUGGCCACCACAUUCAACAUCUGAAGAUGAAGAGGAAUCAGGAUUUGGUUGGAAAGCAGUAGCAAUAGGAUAUGCCUGUGGUGCAAUAUCUGGGUUGUUGUUGGGACACAAUGUAUUCUUCUUUGGGAAACCUGAAUGGCUUGCAAGACUUGUUGAACAAAUGUUUAACAUGAGACUGAAGAGAAGAAACAACCGAUCCGGUGCAAAUCGCAGAAGAAUGAAUUAAUUUGAUGUUGGUCUUUUAGAAAAUAUAGAUACGUUUGUUUGUAAUUUCAA